UAUAAGCCAUAUGCCACCAAAAUACAUACAUAAAUCCAAACAGAAAAAUCAGCUAACCUUUGGAAAUUUCUUCUUAGCUUUUUGUAAAAGCUCAGCCUCAGAAUUCGCGCUAAUACUCGCGGCAACACUUGUAGAAAGAGAGAAGUUAAGAGAAAAGGGAGAGAGAAACUCGAAGAAAAAAGAGAAUACGAAAAUGGCGAAUACUUUGAAUAUUUUAUGCCAAGCUGUGACGCCAUGUCCAAAUUCCACUUCAAUUUGUUCGUCCAAUAUUAAAUUUUCUCUCUCCUCUAAAUUGUCAAACAACUUUCCUCUUUCGCCGUCUUCCAUUUCAUCUUCUGUUGUUCUAGAAGGGUGCAGAUUUUCAUUGCUGGAAGAGUGUUUUACUAGCCAUAGAAACAUGUCUAGCAACGGAAGAAGACAAAACCAUGUCCAAUAUGCUCUUCCACCUUCAUCUGUGGAAGUUGCCUCAGUAAAAGACCUAUUCGAUUUCAUAUGUUCAGGUCCCCUUGUAAAUAAAUUAGGUCUGACUGCAGAGAAGAUUGCAGAGUCUAUUGAUAAAUGGUUACUGUGUGCAUCUCAACUUUGUAGAAUAUUCCAACUCAAUGAACUCAAACUAAGUGAUGCUCAGAAAGUUAGGCUAUAUCAUUACUAUAUACCUGUUUUCUUAUGGUGUGAAGAUCAAAUCUCUCAACAUGCAUCCAAAUUCAAAGAUGGAGAGGAUGUCCCUCCUGUAGUGAUAGGAUUUAGUGCACCGCAAGGUUGUGGAAAAACGACACUUGUAUAUGCAUUGAACUACCUUUUCGAAAUUACUGGCAGGAAAUCUGCUACAAUAUCCAUUGAUGAUUUCUAUUUGACAGCUGAAGGGCAGGCUAAACUUAGAGAAGAGAACUCGGGGAAUAGGCUUUUAGAGUUCCGAGGCAAUGCUGGUAGCCAUGAUUUAUCACUUUCUGUUGAAACAAUUGAGGCCUUGAGCAAACUAACUAAAGAAGGUAUGAAGAUGAAGGUACCACGAUAUGAUAAAUCUGCUUUUAAUGGGAGAGGAGAUAGGGCAGAUCCUUCAAUGUGGACAGAGGUUGAAGGACCAUUAACAGUGAGGAGUUCUAUGUGGUCUUUGAUCUUCAUACACAUGUGCUCAAAUGUUAUCCUGUUUGAAGGCUGGAUGUUGGGUUUCAAACCCCUUCCAGAUGAAGUUGUUAAAGCUGUUGAUCCACAGCUUGAAAUAGUAAAUAAUAAUCUACGAGCUUAUUACGAUGCAUGGGACAAGUAUAUAGACGCAUGGGUGGUAAUCAAGAUCACAGAUCCAAGUUGUGUCUAUCAGUGGAGACUUCAGGCAGAGCAGGCCAUGAGGGCAGAUGGAAAAUCAGGGAUGACGGAUGAGGAGGUUUUCGACUUUGUUUCUCGUUACUUGCCUGCCUACAAAGCAUACCUACCUACACUGUACAAGGAAGGACCGAGUGGAUGCAAUCCAAAACGUACACUCGUCGUUGAAAUAGAUGAGGGGAGAAACCCUAUUCUCUUGGUUUAAUGAUAGGUUGUACGACUGUAUGUAAUCCAAGAUAAUUCUUUGGGAGACAAGCUCGGCAAAUUAAUCUUCAAGUUCUGCUAUGCAAUGUGGACAAUUGAAGGGAAAUUAAUGACACUUUAAAGCACAUUAAAAUCAGAAAAGAAAAUAGUUCCAUUUAUUUAUUUGUAACAAUUAUACAUUUACAGCUCAUUUUUUUUUCAUUUCCUUUUUCUUUUUCUGUUUGCACACUGUCAGAACAUGAAAUGUAAAAUAUGAUCAGAAAAGUAGAAAUUAUUCAUUCUUUUUAUCAUGAGAGUCACAACAGCAGCAGAAAAUCUCCAGACAGCCCUCGCACGCUUCGUAACAGCAGAAGCAGCAGCACAGAGUGAAUAAGCUGCAUUAGAAUGAAGUAAACUUAAACAGGUAUGAGACCAAAAAUUUUAAAAAAACAAAGCAAAUAGUGGGUUAUGUAAAUGUCCAAAAGAUAAUUUAUAUGUUAUAGAUCAAAUGGAAAAACUCAUCUCAUACCUUAUAAUGACUUUAAAUUCAUCGCACUAAUUCACCAAAUUUCAUAAAAUAGUAGUUUCUCGAUUAAAAGUGUUUUCAAACAAAAGGCUUUUUACAAAUUAAAAUUUGAAAAGAAGUUCAAAAAAACUUCAUAAAAUUGAUUUUGUGUCCUAAAAAUUUAGCUACAAA